CCCCGGUAAGCACCAGGUCGACGAGGGCGGACCCGCCAAGGGGGCGGGGACAAGCGAAAACGACAGACGAGACAGCCAAUCGAGACGCGGGAUCGGCCGGCGGCGAUCUGGCGGCCCAACGGGCGCCGCGGAGGGCCUGGCCGAGUGGAGGAAGCGCGGGGGCGACAACGGGCCUUGUCGUGGCUGACGAGAUUAUUGGGGCGCGGGCCGCCCGGCCCGGUGGCGCCACUACUGUCUGAAAGGUCAUCGGCAAGGCGCUUCCCCCCAACGUCAUCUACGAGGACGAGGAGUGCCUUGCGUUCCGUGAUCUUUCACCCCAAGCUCCGACGCUUUUCCUAGUCAUGCCUAAGGAGCCAAUUAUCAGGUUAUCUGAAGCGGAAGAUUCUGGUGAAUCUCUUCUUGGGCAUUUAAUGAUUGUUGGCAAGAAGCGUGCUGCUCACCUGGGCCUGACCAAUGGAUUCCGGAUGGUUGCGGAUGAAGGGCCCGAGGGUGGGCAGUCUGUCUGUCACGUACGUCUACGUAUUCUGGGUGGCUGUCAGUUGGGCUGGCCGCCUGGCUAAGAUUUUUGCACCGCAAGAGUUGCUGCACGUGUACAAAUCGCCACUGAAUGGAUUUCGUCUGUUGCCCGUCAGUCUAGCCACUGUUGAUGUCUAAUUUUCUGUGACGUGUGUCUGUGGAAGGUAAUAAAAGCUUUGAGCAGCAGUUGCACAAUAAAGAUUUAGCAUGGGGAUAUCA